UCCGCAGAAGAAAAAGAAGGCGACGGAAACGGUGCGGCGACUUGUCGAGCUUCGCGCUUGAAUUGGCGUCCGCCCAAAGGGCCACGGAGUUCCAGAGUCCUGGUCAACGGCCCGUAGACGCCUUCCCGGGAGGAACGGACGCCAUGGUCCCACCUGUGAGCAUGGUUUUCGUCUACGUCCUGUGAACGCCCAAGGGCGACAGCCAAGGUCAACGUUGGGUCCCGCAGCGUCUCCAUCUUAAGCUUUUAAAGCCUUCGGAACGUGCCUCCAACAUCAUAGCCACGACUAAAAGAAGAAUCCGGAAGAAUGUCGUCCAAUCCUUCCGAGUAUCCGAGCCUGAACCAAAGCGAAGAUGUCAUCAUGGACUGUUUGGAUGCUUCGGGCAGCAGCCCCGUUGUUACUGAUGGCUGCCAGACACACAGCCUUGAGUGCCCUGCGAGCGAAGAAACUGAAGUCGUUGACGCAUCGAAUGCAGUGUUCCGGUGCUUCUCGUGCGGGUACUGCUUCACUUCGCAACUCUACUUAGACAGACACCGCAGAGCGAACCAUAUUGAAGAGCUGGAACUGAAGUACCGCUGUUCAAGCUGCCGCUUCUCGACAAAUAAGAAGUUCAACAUGACCGAGCACGAGAAGCUCCACAUGGGCGAGAGACCGUUCGCCUGCGACGUCUGCCACAGGAACUUUCCUCGGAUUAGGGACCUGCGCGCUCACUCUGCGAGCCACGCGAAUGGGAAGACCUUCGACUGUCCAGCCUGCGGCAAGCGGUUCGCCUGGCCGUCGUCGAUGUACCGCCACCGCCAGGCGCAACACCGCGACGGUCCGAAACCGCACGUGUGCCCCGAAUGCGGGAAGCAGUUCGCCCGCAAGGAUUCCGUCAGGAAGCACCUUCUCAGGCACAACGACAAGACCUGAAGAAGAACCCCUGAGCGCGGCGGCCAUUGGUGAACACGUUGCGCGCAAAAAUUCUUCCUUCGAAAUAUUGCGAUUCCCGGCCUCGCGAAAUAUCGAGAUAAUAAACGUGUCUGCGAGGCCUUAAUUA